UCCUAACCCUAACUCAGUUAUAUGUUCCAUUCAUUUUCUCUCCCUUUUGUUGUUCCUUUUCUUGUCUCUUCUAAUCUUUUAUAUUUCCAUAUAUAUUUUUAGAAAAAAAAUUGUAAAUCCCUCUUGCUGUUUUUCUGCCAUGGUUGUUGCUGUUUUAAAACCAGAAGACUGUUUAAAGCUACCUAAUCCCAUGAAACAACCUCAAAAUCCUUGGCAUAAUCCUAAUCACAGCACUAACCGGACGAAUCGUUCACAAGGGAACCGUAAGAAGCGUUCUCCCAACACCUCCCCUCCUUCUCGUCCCACCGUCGGUCGCCCCAAAGCUCCAGCCAAGAAUCUCGUCAUGGGUCAAGUCAAGAUCCUCAAACGCGGCGAAGAUCUUAAACAAUCUAAGCCGGAUAAGCAUGUGAGGUUCGCAAAGGAAAACGUUCAUGUAGAUCUGGGUUCCACCGACUGUUUGAGUCCAGAUCCCGGGUCCGUCCCGACCCAGAUCCGACUCACCGAGUCAGAAAACAACGGAAGUAAGGUUCUUCCGGUCUCGUUCUACGCUGGGUCUGCCUUUAUAACAUCGCCCCCUCCAAGUUCUGUUCCGUUGCCGGCGUUUUUCACAAAGAAGAUCGGGGUUGCUUUGAAGGAUGACGUCGCUACGAGUGCCUUGAGGAGGAUAUUAAGGCUAGAUUUGUAGCCUCAACCAAAAAACAAAUAAUAACGGUGUGGGUGGUGCUUGACUGAAUUUGUUGUUAGAUAGCUAAUCUCUUGUUUGGGUUCUCUAAUCUUCGAUCGUCCUUUAUUUUUUCAAGGGGAUAGAUCGAAAUAGCUAACUCAAAAAAGUAGGUUUAGUUUUCCUAAUCAAGUGUUCUUUUUACUGCUGUAUAGCUUUGCGAUUGUUUAGUUUAAUAUGAAACUGUCUACUGUCUAGUUCGUCCCUUUAGGGUUUAUCUUAGUUUCGUUCUAAAUUGUGUUUGUAUUUAAUCUAGUGUUAGUGUGGUAGGUCGAUCUUGUAAUUGGGUUUGUGUAUCCUCUUUGUUUAUCAAGUAUUAUAUAUUAGACAGUGAAGUUCUAUAUGUUUCGUAGCGUUAAA